AAUCUAAGACUGCGCUGGGAGCUCAGAGAGUGGGCCCCCCUGCCUCAGGACCAGACAGAAGUAGGGACAUGUUUGAAUAUCCCAUUUAAAACCACUCUGCACGCACCGGAUUGCGCAGCCUAGAGACGGAGGGAGGGAAGGAAGGACAGAGCGCAGAGCUUAGAACUCGGAUCCUCCGGUCCUCGGUGGAGAGGAGGAAGCAGCCCACGGGGCAGGGCCUCCCAGGCUCUGUACGGACAGCAUGAGUUUCCCGCGAGGCUCCCAGGAUCGGUCCGUGGGCAACUCCAGCCCGUGGUGGCCUCUAACCACCGAGGGCUCCAACGGCAGUCAGGAGGCAGCCAGGCUUGGGGAAGGUGACAGCCCGCUGGGGGACGUACGCAAUGAGGAGCUGGCCAAACUGGAAAUCGCUGUGCUGGCAGUGAUUUUUGUGGUGGCUGUGCUGGGCAAUAGCAGUGUGCUGCUGGCGCUGCAUCGCACGCCACGCAAGACAUCCCGCAUGCACCUCUUUAUCCGACACCUCAGCCUGGCAGACCUGGCGGUCGCCUUCUUCCAAGUAUUACCGCAGCUAUGCUGGGACAUCACCUACCGCUUCCGCGGGCCGGACUGGCUGUGCCGCGUGGUGAAGCACCUGCAGGUGUUUGCCAUGUUCGCGUCUGCCUAUAUGCUGGUGGUGAUGACAGCCGACCGCUACAUCGCCGUGUGCCACCCGCUCAAGACCCUGCAGCAGCCGGCGCGCCGCUCGCGCCUCAUGAUCGCCACCUCUUGGGUGCUGAGUUUCAUACUAAGCACGCCACAGUACUUUAUAUUCUCUGUGAUCGAAAUCGAGGUGAACAAUGGCACUAAAACCCAAGACUGCUGGGCUACCUUCAUCCAGCCCUGGGGUACCCGCGCCUACGUGACCUGGAUGACCAGCGGUGUCUUCGUGGCACCUGUGGUCGUCUUGGGUACAUGCUAUGGCUUCAUCUGCUACCACAUCUGGCGCAACAUCCGCGGAAAGACAGCGUCCUCGCGACACAGCAAGGGUGACAAGGGCUCUGGGGAGGCCGUGGGUCCCUUUCAUAAGGGGCUUUUGGUUACACCUUGUGUCAGCAGCGUGAAGAGCAUUUCCCGCGCCAAGAUCCGCACUGUGAAGAUGACCUUUGUGAUUGUAAGCGCCUACAUCCUUUGCUGGGCGCCUUUCUUCAUUGUCCAGAUGUGGUCAGUCUGGGAUGAGAAUUUCAUCUGGACCGAUUCAGAAAACCCUUCCAUCACAAUCACGGCGUUGCUGGCUUCCUUGAACAGCUGCUGCAACCCGUGGAUAUACAUGUUUUUCAGUGGCCAUCUCCUGCAAGACUGCGUCCAAAGUUUCCCAUGCUGCCACAGCAUGGCGCAGAAAUUCGCCAAGGAUGACUCCGAUAGCAUGAGCCGAAGACAGACUUCUUAUUCUAACAACCGGAGCCCAACGAACAGCACUGGGAUGUGGAAGGACUCGCCCAAAUCUUCCAAAUCCAUCAGAUUCAUUCCUGUCUCCACUUGAGCCCCACGUUCACGCAGCCCGACUCUUGGGAGGGACUUUUGUGUCCAGCUAGAGAUCGUAAGAGCAGAUGUGUUUAUGUG